ACUAUUUUUUAUAUUAUAUGAUUUGACAUCCAGUCAUGGUCGACGCUUACCGUGGUACUUCAGGCUUUAAAUGAGAUAAAGGCAAUUUACUCAAGCCACAGUGGUUUUAUUUUUAUAUAAAAUCAAUAAGCCAUAUAUACGCAAAGUAUAUUUGAAUAGAUUAGUAUAAAAAUAGCUGAAGUUUGUGGCCACAACCAUUGGCAUGCUUGUAUCGAAGGAAAAAUAACGUUUUAUCUCUGCUGGAUAUAAAUCUUAAACUAAUUAAUUUGUAUAUAUUUUUAGAAAACAUAAAAAAAAUCGGAAUCAUUUUACACAUAAGAUUUAGAUACUAGUGGUUAAAUUAAAAUACAUUUGUACAAAUUGUGUUUAUACGAGGAAAGUUUUAACUGAUGUGAAUACAUAAAGACCUACGGAAUAAUCGCCAAUGGCCUGGGACUUUUGGAGGCACAAUCAAAGGGAACUGGCAACAACUGCAUACGUAUAGAUAAAGUUAAACAAUGGACCACAGGGCGCAGCUUGAGAACAAGAAAUACAGGAACUGGGUGAGAGCCGGACUUGGUAUUAAAUAUGUAAAAGACGGCUUGGAGCCAUUCUGUGAUCAUGUUGUUAACCAGCAGCAUGCUGACAUCUUACAUAAAGUUCAACAGAAACACAAUCUUUCGGCAGUAGCAUGUGGACUCUGCGAUGUACGCACACUCCAGCCGGACCAUGUUCAAAGCAAAAAUAGACAGUGUCCUCUCGGUCAAACACAUUGUAACUGUCUACACCCACGCGGGAAAACGUCUUGUCCCAACAACGUAUGUGGUGCCAUAUACGACGAAAUUAUUAGGCGACACGCAUCUACUCCUCCUGUCCCAUACUGGAGAAACACAGACGCUCAUCAGUGGUGUACUGAACCUUGGGCUGUUGCAAAAUGUUUCAUAAAUGCUCCAGGAUAUGAACACAAGCUAAGAGCAACUGAGAUUGACUGUUCCGGUUUGUUGCAUCUGUUGAUUAAUAACAUAGAGUUUCAUCACCAUAUCCAGAGUGGUAUAUCUGGAAAUGAUGCUUUCUCAAAGGUACUUCAACACAGAAACGCCAUAUUUCAUUGUAACAAUAUGGAACUAGAGGACACAGACAUUGCAAAUUAUAUAGAUGAUAUGAUAGAACUGCUGCAAGAUGAUAAAGAAAUUAAAGAUAGACAGGAAUCGAAAGAGGCGGUCAAGAAACUGCUUGAGCUAAAGCAGGAAAAGUUUGUAAUAACAACUACAGAUGAAAUGGAAGUCCGUCGAAUUGCAAUGGCUGCAAUCGAACAGAAAGAAAAGAAUCUUGAACAGAGAAUAGUUGACGCUGCGAAUGAAAUUGGAGCUAAAACUGAUGAAAGUGAAAAACAGAUAAAGGUGAUAGGUUCAGCUAUAAAAAAUGAACUUGCGCAGAAAAGGGUUGAAAUGAAAGAUGAUUUGAGAAAAACCGAAAUCGAUUCAAUAGGAAGACUCGAGAAGAGAGAGAAAGAAAUCAAGGAAGUGCUUAGGAUGAAAGAAACUGAAUUUGCAAAGAAGAUGGAUCAAAAAGAGAGAGAAAGCAAAGAGACUUUUAGAAUGACAGAAGUUGAUUUAAAACAGAAAUUGGUACAGAAAGAGUUGAAAAUCAAAAAGAAUUUGAGAGUAACAGAAGUUAACUCAAAAGAGGGACUUAAGCAUGAAGAGGUAGAAAUUAAAAAGAAUUUAAGAGUGGUAGAAUUGGAAUCAAAAGGGAGACUAGAACAAAAAGGGAAAGACAUAGAAAAGCAUUUAGAGCGUAAAAGAGAAGAUAUACUUUAUCAGUUGGAGAGAAAACAGUCAGCUCAGAUUCAGAUCGAGGCCAGGCGUAGUGACGACAUUAGUAAGGCAGCAGCAGACGAUUUAAUGAAGUCCAGUCCUCGUGACACCCCUCUUCAGUCUAAUUCUGAAAGAAUGAGAGCAGAAACGCAAAAAGCAGGAGAUGAGACGCCAGACUUAUUUCAAAGAAUAUAUGGAUGGUUUACAUACCCGAAACGAAAGAAAGAGCUGAAAGACGAUUUGGCUACCUUCUACAAAACAAGAUACAGUACAAUACCACUGUCACCGCUAGUCGAGGGACACGACACUCCCCUUGUAGAUUUUUACAUUUUGCCUGAAAUGAAUAUCAUUGAAAAGCAGGACAAAAAGCCAGCUGGGGAAGAGACUAAAACGCCAGUCAAAUCGUUGUCGGACGUAUUCCAGUCUGAAAACAGUUCUGAAAUAUAUUUAACCGCUGAUGCUGGAUUUGGAAAAUCUGCAUUUUCAAAAUAUCUGGCUGUCACAUGGUGCCAGGCUCAUCGUCCCGAAUGA